AUGUCAGGAAGUGCCAAUGCCAAAGAGUUAGAUAAAGUUCAACAAUCUAUACAUCUGGUGAAAAUCAUACGUACCACCAUGAUUGGACUUCAAAAAAAGCUUAGCAACACGACAUUGCCCGAUCCUAACGAUGAACAAGCUUGUAAGAAGUUCCAACUCUCCAUAGACACCCAGACGAAGAGUGUAGAAAAAUGGUUCAAUAAACUGGAGGAUUACUUCCGCGAUAUGCCAGAGCGUAUAGACAAACUUCCAGUUUUUACAACUGAAGUUAUGAAAAGGCUGCAGAGUCUUCUUGCUGACACCAACAUGGAUGUACAUGUGGUUUCUCCAUUUGAAGACUUCAUCAGUUCUGCGAACUGGAACGAAUCAGUUCAGAAUUAUUUCUACUACAGUGGCGAGUUCAUGAAAAUGCCAGUCCGUAGACGUAUAUGUACUAUGGAAAAGAAACAGCAAAUAAUAUCUCAAUGGGACAGCGUGAGCUCGCCUCACUCAUCUUUCGAAAAAUCUCUCAGACAGGUUCAGGCUGAUUUGAGCACUAAAAAAGUAGGCAUGUGGCCCACAAUAUUGGAGAGAUCGGCUUUUGGAUGCAUCUUCGAAAUUAAAUAUGGACUGAUCGUGGAUAGGCAGCCUGUUGUUCAACAAAAAAUGUUAGUGGUUGAAAACUCAGGUCUCAUUGAAAUGGUACGCUUCGUUGCACCUCAUGAAGAAUGGUACUUCUUUGACGAUUUCGGAUCACGCCGGGUAGAUUUAACUAUGCAAUCUAGAUACAUAGUUUAUCAAAAACUCACUACUCAAGCGAACAUUCAGCUUCAAGUAGUUAUGAGCGCUGUAAAUAUAGACCAUAAAUGGACUCCAUCUCAAAUAACGAGCUUGUUGCAUAUGUUUUCGCGAUAUCAGCAAGUUUUCGAGACACCAUGCAAGACAUGCGGAAAGGUUAUGAAAGAUUUUCUACCACCGUUCUUUGAUCCAAGGAGUCCACGCAGCACUGCAACCCACGAAACUUGUCGAGGAUAA